AAUUAAUAUAUCACAACAAACAUGAUUGACGGAAAGUACAACUUGAAAAAUUUAAUGGGCAUUGGAGGCUCAUCCAGAGUGUACUCCUGUCUUGACACGACUGAUGGUCAAGAGUAUGCGAUUAAAGUAAUCAGAAAGGACAAAGGAUACUCUAAUGAAGUCUCAACGAGAAUUGUAGAACUAGAAGCAAACACUAUGAUCAACCUUGGUGAACACCCAAAUCUGGUCAACUUUGUAGAUGCUAAUAAGUCUCAUUGUUGCUAUAAAAAGUUGAACAGUAAAGAAGGAAUGAAUGAAGAUAAGUAUGUAACAGUCAGAGAAGAGAUUAAUUAUUUGAUCCUCGAGAAGUGAGAGAAUGGAUCUCUUUCCAAGUAUGUCAAGACCACUGGACCUUUUGAUGAGCUUGCAGCUAGAUUCUUGUUCACACAGUUAUGUGGAGCAGUACAUUUUAUGCACUCCCAGGAGUAUGUUCAUCUUGAUAUUAAGCUUGACAACAUCUUAUUGGAUAAAUAUUUCAAUUUAAAGCUUGCAGAUCUUGGUAUUGCUCUCUGUUCAAAGGGAACAACUAAGCUCUUAGCUCAUAAGAGAGGAACUAACAAGUAUAUGGCCCCAGAAGUAGCCAACGCUAGCUCUAAGAGACCAUACAACGUCUUCGGUGCAGACAUUUACUCAUUAGGUGUCUGUCUUCAUUUAAUGUUAUUUGGAACUUAUCCAAUUGCAGAUGGAGAUUCAAUGAUGUCAACAGAUGAUGAAGUUGAUGGAUCUCCCAGGCAGAGAUUUGAAUCAUUCCCAUUCUUGGACUCUACCUCCUCAGAACUAGCAUCUUAUCUCUCUGAAGAUUGCUUAGAUUUGAUCGAAAAGAUGCUCAGCCAAGAUGCUUCUAAGAGACCUAACAUUGAGGAGAUCUCCAACCAUCCUUGGAUGACACAAGAAUUCCCAUCUCAAGUUGGAGAAAUUGUAUAUUCAGAGUUGCACGAAAGAUUCAACCACUUAAAAUCAUUGGUUGCUGGUUCGUCACCUUCCUUCUCCAUUGACUUGGAAUAAAGGUGGACUCUGACUCUCCAUUAAUGCUCUCUAGCAGGGCGAUCGUAAUUUUAAAUAAAUCUUUU